GCAAAAGUUCUGGCAUUGGUUUGCGUUGUCUGCUUAGUUGAAGUAACCAACACUCUAGAACUGUAAUCAUGUCAGGCCGUGGCAAGGGAGGAAAAGCUAAGGGAAAGGCGAAGAGCCGCUCAUCCCGUGCUGGACUUCAGUUCCCAGUCGGUCGUGUCCACCGUCUUCUCCGCAAUGGUAACUACUCUGAGCGUGUAGGAGCUGGCGCACCAGUUUACCUGGCUGCCGUCAUGGAAUACCUGGCCGCUGAGAUCCUCGAACUGGCUGGCAAUGCUGCCCGCGACAACAAGAAGACGAGAAUCAACCCUCGUCACUUGCAGUUGGCCAUCCGAAACGACGAAGAGUUGAACCGCCUCUUGUCGCAUGUCACCAUCGCUCAGGGUGGUGUCCUGCCCAACAUCCAGGCUGUUCUUCUCCCGAAGAAGACUGGCCAGAGCAAGAAGGCAUAAAUUCGUUCAUCCUUCCUCCCUGUUCAACCAAUCUACCCGGCUUUUUUAAAAGCCACCACUUUCAAUCAAAAGAAAGAUAUGUUUGUUUUGUGUGUGCAUGUUUGUUGAUUGGUCAACGAGUCCUUGUAAUGGUGGCGAGGAACGUAGAACUUGAAGGCUGUUUCGUAAUUGUUGCUUUUGAGAGACUAAAACAAUUAUUUUGUAUUGACUACAAAUGACAGUCACCUGGUACAGGUACGGUUUGCCACCGACUACGUCUAGGAAGAUAUCGAGACGUACUAGACAGACUAAUCCCUACCAAAUCCUGGCUCAAGGUGCUAGUACAACAGUCCUGGGUAGUAGUUAGUAAUAAUUUUUGAUAUCUUGUUCCGCCGAACUGCUUGUACAAUUGUGCCUUAUUGUUGAUAAUUAUGGCGGUACAAAAAUAAAUGUUCGUUUCCCCAUAAAAUCAGAUGAAGAGCCAAAUUUAGUAAUAAUUAUUAGUUUAUACGUCGGUCAGUGUCGUGAUGUUAUCGAAUGAGCUGAUUGUCAAGUAGUACAAUGUCAUCGUGGUGUUAGAUGGUUAGUGGACAUCACUAUCAUAAUGUAACUUCCUUGUAGUUCAGGUCCUUUUCUUUGCUAUAUCACCGGAAAUAUUAUGAUUGUGUGGAACGACAUUCCUGAA